UAAAUUUAUUGUACAAUGAAAAAGAUCAUUCAAAAAUUAUUAAUAGAUUCAAUAAAACUACGUAAUUUAUCAACUUUAUCAAAUUAUAGUACAUUACAAAACUAUGUAAAUUCUUCACAAGAUACUUUGGAAUGUAAAGGUUUAGAAAAGCAUAAGGAAGAUAUAAAGAAAUUGAAUCCUUUAAGUUUAGAUGAUGGUCUUAAAACUAUUAUUAAAAACAUCCAAAAAAAUGAUAAAAAUAUGGAUGUAAAAGAAGCUAUUAAAGUUUUGGAUAUUUUAAAAAAUACAUUUAACAAUGAUAAAGAAUUAUCUUGUAUAAAUAUAAAAGAUUCUGAAGAAUUUGUACAUGUAUGUAAAGUGAUACAUAAAAAUGUAAGAUCCUUACACAUGUAUGAUAUGAUACGAAUUUUACGAAUUCUAUUAUUUUUUAAUGUUAGUCCUAAAAGUGUAUUAAUUCAAACGUUACUUCAAUUAAUAUCCGCCUCCUUGAAUAAUUUAUCUAUUAGGGAAAUAAUAAUUUUAUAUAAUACAUUAAAUAGAUUAGAAAAAUUGCCUUUGAUUAAAUCAUUACUUAUCGCUUUGCCACAUGUUUUUAAACAAAGAGCACUGCUUGAACUUGAUGAAGAAAGUAAUAAUUUAUUUAAAGCUCUCAAAUUUUCUUUCGCUAUAAACGAUCUAAAAACAAAACUAUACAUUAUUAAUAUUUUGCACAAAAGUAAAAAGAAUAUAGCAUUAGAAGAUAUUGUAGAUAUUUUCUAUGCAUUGUAUACUUUACCUGAAAUGAAUUCAGCUUCUAUGAAUCUUCUGUUUAAAAUCAAAUAUAAAAUAAGAAUCAAUUGUCAAUCUUUCACAUUCAAUGAGAUACAGCUAUUACUCAAUUAUAUUUCUACAAAAGUUGCAAAUGAAGAAAUGAAGUUUUAUUGUGAAGAAAUGGUAGAUGGAUUAUGUAAUGCCGUAAUAAAACAUGAUGUUACUUUUCACCAGAAUAUACUUAUUCUGAGGUGUUUAAAUAAAAUGCGGCAUAGCAAUAUUUCUUUAUUGGACCAUUUAGCAACAAAACUUGUGGAGAGCAGAAAUUUUUUAAAACAGUGUACCAUUUUCGACAUAGAUCAUUUUAUAAAAAGCCUUAUCAUAGCUGAUUAUAAACCAUCUAGUUGGGAAAUUAUACAAACAAUGUUACUCGAUUUUGUUACAAAUGUCGAUUAUACAGCACAGAAUUCAGUAUCUGUUGCUUUUCGUUUGCUUUCAUUGAAUUGUUAUUGCCCUGAAUUGGUUGAAAAAGCUUUUACUUUAUGUCAACCCCAUUUAAUGACAUUAAGGAAUGAACAAAUUAUACUAACUAUUUUAAAAUUACAUUGGUGUGUUAAACUACUUUGCCCUGAAUAUAAUGGAGUUACACUAAAUGAAAAUGUAUUAGACCAAAUUAAUAUAAACUACAAGAGAGAUGAAGUUCCUUCCUUAUUAGAAAAUUUGAAAGAAGCAUUAGGAGGUGCUGACUGCAUAAUGAGUGGUUUAACAACAAAAUUUGGUGAAUUUAUUGAUUGUGUUGUUGUCAUACAACCAAAUGGUUUUCCUAUGGAUGUUAGCAAUUACAAUGUUAAUAUCAGAUUUGUUGAAGAGUUGGAAUCACUAUCAGAAUGUUACAAAAUUCUUUUUUUGGCAUUUCCGGAAAAAGCAUAUUCUUUUAAUAAACAAAAUAUGUUAAGCACAGUAAAGAUGGAAUUGAAAGCAAUUGAAACAUUAAAAGGAUUUUACACUAUUGUUAUAAAUCCAUACUUAUGGAAAGUUUUGCCUAACAAUGAAAAAGUAUCAUAUCUACAACAAACUAUCAAAUCAAAAUGUAAUAUUUCAGGUAUUCCAAAAUAUUACUGAUAUCGCUAAAAUUAGGAUUUUCAAUAUUAAAAAAUUUGUAGUGAAUUGUUCACGUAACAAUUUAUUUAUAUGAAAAUAUUUUUAACAUCAACAAUAAAAUUGUAUGAUUCUGGACUA